AUGGUGGGCCUCAUGCAGAUGGCUAUGCGCGCCCGUACCGCCACCUGUGCCCUAUUAUACAAAAAAAUCAAGGGCACAGUUAGCUAUUCAUCUCAAGAGUCCUGGAUAUUCAAUAAUAGUGUCCGAAAUAACAUAUUGUUUGGUCGCGAAUAUAAUGAAGAUCGAUAUAAGCGUGUGAUAGAGGUGUGCGCAUUGGAAAGGGAUCUACAGAUACUACCAUUCGGUGAUAAAACACUGGUUGGAGAGAAAGGCGUACAAUUAUCAGGGGGUCAAAAGGCCAGGGUCAAUUUGGCAAGAGCUCUAUAUAAGGACUCUGAUAUAAUACUAAUGGACGAUCCCUUAAGCGCUGUGGACGCCCCUGUAGCUCAGCAUAUAUUUGAUAAAUGCAUCGAAAAGUUCCUAGCUAAUAAAAUUCGCAUAUUAGUUACCCAUCAAAUUCAAUUCGUACGCAAAGCCACACAGAUACUGGUGCUCAAUGAGGGCGUGUGCAUAGGGUUGGGUACUUAUGACGAGCUCCAGGCGCAAGGUUUGGAUUUUAAUCAAACACUAGCUGAUCAGGAACGGGAACUUCAUGUAGUGUAUAACGACGCUAAACGGGAACAAAACAUGAUUGAGCACCGGGAUGUGUCCAGUAAUGAGUCGGCAACGCUAACCGAGCUGCUAAACACUGUAACUCCUGGUCACCCUAAAAUAAUGGACGAACAUAGGGAAAGUGGCUCGAUAAAAGGUCACGUGUAUUGGGAGUAUAUUAAAGCCGGUGCCGGACCACUACUUAUAACCAUGACCAUUUUGUCAACGAUUUUAUCGCAAGCUAUGUUCAAUGGUUCGGACUUAUGGCUGGCGCACUGGACAGACCAGAAUCAGAAUGUGGGUUAUAAUGCCGGGGAUAGUUACCAGAAACGGGAUAUAAUAAUAUACGCGGCACUUAUUGGAGGGUUAUUUGUGACAACACUAAUGCGGUCGACCGCGUGGUUCGCGAUGAGUAUGCGGGCGUCCAUUAACCUGCACAACAAUAUAUUUAAUUGGCUAUUAAGGGCACCUAUGACCGUGUUUGAUAGUUACCCCAUUGUACUGUUGUUAAUAAAUACAACCCAAUGGGGUGUCCGACAGUCUACGGAACUGGAGUCCCAAAUGACUUCCGUCGAGCGUAUCGUUGAGUACUCGAGACUACCACAGGAGGCGCCACUAGUCUCACCGCCAAACCACCCCUACCUUCAGGCACCCCCAUCCAACUGGCCAUCGAUGGGACAGAUAUCCUUUAAAAACGUGUCUCUAUAUUAUGAAAUGUCGGAUUAUCCAGUACUUAAAAACAUAUCAUGCACAAUUAACUCCGGUGAAAAAGUGGGUAUAGUGGGACGUACAGGUGCCGGAAAAUCGUCACUCAUAUCAGCCCUGUUUCGAAUGACUGAGCCGAUAGGUGUGGUAGAGGUGGAUGGGAUCGAUACGAAAAGUAUAGGUCUUAACGAAUUACGUCAACGUAUUUCGAUUAUACCGCAAGAAUCGGUAGUUUUCACGGGAACGGUACGUCGUAACCUAGAUCCAUUUGGCGAGUAUAGUGAUAGUCAUAUUUGGAAGGCUUUGGAAAAUACUCAAUUACUACAGGUAGUCAAUGAACUACCCGGCCAGUUGGACGGUGAGCUAAGUGAAGGUGGGGGUAAUUUGAGUGUAGGACAGAGACAAUUGAUAUGUUUGGCCAGGGCGAUUUUAAGAGAUAAUAAGAUACUGGUGCUCGAUGAGGCUACGGCUAAUGUGGACUCACAUACCGAUGCACUCAUACAACAGACCAUAAGACAUAAGUUCGCAAACUGUACGGUACUUACGAUCGCACACCGGCUCAACACGAUUAUUGAUUGCGACAGAGUUUUAGUGCUGGACGCGGGUGAGAUCAAAGAGUUUGACGCGCCGUAUGUUUUACUGCAGCGAAAGGCAUAUUUCUAUGACAUGUGCCGUAAGACCGGUCGCGAGAUGUGCAACCAUUUGAUUCAAUUGGCUAAAGAGGCACAUCUCAGACGCUAUAACACUAUGGAUGUGGAGGGGAGGGCGAGUACUGGGUGUACCCGAUAUUUUGGACCGGUUGGCGUAAAAAUGGGCUGGACAUGGAUGAUAUGUACCGGUGCUCUCAGUACGAUGAAUCUGAACGAGGUGUUAAAGAACUUGAAAACCAGAGCUGUUUUUGUUACCAUGACAUUAUUUAACACUUUACGCACCUGUAUCACUUAUAAUGUGCCUAAGGUUUUUGAGACCAGCUCGGAAUUGUACGUAUCGUGCAAAAGGAUACAGGACAUCCCAUACUAUACUCUCGAUAAUAUCUCUGCCCACUUAAAACCUGGCGAUCUCCUGGCAGUAAUAGGAACGGUAGGUUCCGGAAAGAGUUCAUUUCUAAUGACUUUACUUCGAGAGCUACCGGUGCUUAACGGGGGCAUACAUGUCACUGGCACCGUUGGCUAUGCCUCUCAAGAGGCCUGGAUAUUCAAUAAUAACGUCAGAAACAAUAUACUAUUUGGCAUGAAUUACGACGAGAAACGAUAUUCAAGAAUAAUAGAGGUGUGCGCAUUGGAAAGGGAUCUACAAGUACUACCAUUCGGCGAUAAAACAUUGGUAGGCGAGAAAGGGGUGCAAUUAUCAGGGGGUCAAAAGGCCAGGGUAACUUUGGCUAGGAACACAGAUAUCAUACUAAUGGACGACCCGUUAAGCGCUGUUGACAGCGUCGUAGCCGAGCAUAUAUUUGAUAAAUGCAUAUGCGAGUACCUAGCUGACAAAAUUCGAAUAUUAGUCACCCAUCAAAUUCAAUUUGUACGUAAAGCGACGCAAAUACUGGUGCUGAACGAGGGUCAAUGUAUAGUAUUAUCUCAGGUUAUAUUCCACGGUUCAGAUAUAUGGCUGGCCAACUGGACGGACCGGAAUGAGAGGAAUGACCAGGAUAUAAACGACCAGAAUCGGGGUAUCAUUAUAUACGCGGCAUUUGUUGGUGCGUUAUUUGUGACGGCACUCAUGCGGUCGACCACGUUCUUUGCGAUGUCCCGGAGCCCUAUAUACUCGCACGUGAGCACCACCCUACAUGGUUUGUCGAGUAUACGUGCAUACGGUGCUCAACAAAUGUUUGAAAAACAAUUGUACGUGUACCUUGAUGACCACAGUGCCACGUGGUUCCUAUUUAUAUGCGCAUCGCGAUCACUGGGAAUGGUAGUCGACUGGCUGUGUGUCCUAUAUUUGGUGACCAUUUCGGUGGUGUUAAUGUCAUUCCCUGAUAAUGUAUCGGCUGGUGGUGCUGGACUUGCAUUCUCAUCCGUUCUGGCGCUCGUACAUAUGACACAAUGGGGUGUCCGACAGACUACGGAACUGGAGUCCCAAAUGACUUCCGUCGAACGUAUCGUUGAGUACUCAAAACUAUCACAGGAGGCGCCACUAGUGUCACCACCAAACGACCCCUACCUUAAACCACCACCACUUGAUUGGCCACCUAAUGGGCAAAUAGUGUUUAAAAAUGUCAACCUAUUCUACCAGACCUCAAAUACACCGAUGCUAAAAAACAUGUCAUUCACAAUUAAGCCCGGUGAAAAAGUGGGUAUAGUGGGCCGUACCGGCGCGGGUAAAUCAUCCCUCAUAUCAGCCCUGUUUCGUAUGACUGAACCCACAGGUGUGGUAGAGGUGGAUGGGGUCGACACGAAAAGUAUAGGUCUUAACGAAUUACGUCGACGUAUUUCGAUUAUACCGCAGGAACCGGUAGUUUUCACGGGAACGGUACGUCGUAAUCUCGACCCGUUUGCUGAGUUCACCGACAGUCAGAUUUGGGAGGCGUUGGAUGAGACACAGUUAAGGCAUACCGUGAAUGAACUACCCGGCCAAUUGGAUGGUGAACUCAGAGAGGGGGGAGGCAAUUUGAGUGUAGGCCAGAGGCAAUUGGUAUGUUUGGCCAGGGCUAUUUUAAGGGACAAUAAGAUACUGGUGCUCGAUGAGGCUACGGCUAACGUGGACUUACAUACCGAUGAACUCAUACAACAGACCAUAAGACAUAAGUUCGCAAACUGUACGGUACUUACGAUCGCACACCGGCUCAACACGAUUAUCGAUUGCGACCGCGUUUUGGUGUUGGACGCGGGUGAGAUCAAAGAGUUAGACGCGCCGUAUGUUUUACUGCAACGAAAGGCAUAUUUCUAUGACAUGUGCCGUAAGACCGGUCGCGAGAUGUGCAACCAUUUGAUACAAAUGGCUAAAGAGGCACAUCUCAGACACUAUAACACU